AUGACGUAUUCAAUAAUAGCACUUUGUAUUUUAUUGACAGCUGUCAAUGGAAGUGUUGAGGAGAGAGUCGAGAGAUUAAUGGGUUUAUAAUAGAAUUAUUAACACUCUCAAUCUGAGAGCUUCUUCUAUUACACUUAAGUAGCUAAAUGUAGUUUGAAGGUAAAAUUGAAGAUUAUUCAUUAUAGAGUAUCACAAAUUGGAAUUGUGGGUCAUUUUGUGAACAUCAUCCAGAUAUGGUUGAAGUGAAGUCAUUCUACAAAUCUGAUCACCAUGCUUAAGCCUAUGUUGGAUACAACAAAAAGGAGAAUUUGGUUGUUGUUGUUUAUAGAAGUAUUAAAUCUUAUAAUAUCAUUUAAGGUACCUAGGACUUUAUCAACUGGUAUAACAACAUCAAGUUCUUUAAACAUGAUUUCGGAGAUUGCAAAAAUUGCAAAGUUCAUUUAGGAUUUUGGGAAACUUAUGAUGACGUAUCAGCAGAAGUAUUAGCUGCAGCAAAACAUUUGAAAGAGAAAUAUCCAAGUUCAAAACUAUUGAUUACAGGACAUUCUUUAGGUGGAGCAGUGGCUUAUUUAGCUGCAGUUGAUUUAAAGAAAUUAGGAUAUAAUAUUGAUUAUUUUUUCACAUAUGGAGCACCUCGUAUUGGAACUCAUGAAUUUUCAGUUUGGUUUACUAGUUAUGUAGCAGCAACAGAACAUUGGAGAGUGACACACUAUAGAGAUAUGGUAAUUCAUUAACCACCUUCUUCAUUUUCAUAUAAACAUCCUCCUUAAGAAGUUUGGUAUGCUCAUGAUAAUAAAUCAUAUAAGGUAAAUAUGUAUUAGAAUGAAUUAUAGAUUUGUUCUAGUGGAAUAGACGAAGAUCCAACUUGUGCAAACUCAAUCAUUGGUGAUUCUGCUGCUGAUCAUACUAGCUAUUUUAAUGUUAGUGGUUCAUGCACAGAGGAAUUCACAGAAGAAAUUGAAAUUUGAUUAAAUAUUAAUAAUUU